UUCUUGCAAAGCGAAAAUUUUCACAUUUGUGAUCGUCUCUGGAUUUUAUACUCUUCUUAUUCCUGUUGGUCAGCUCAGUUUUUUUAUAUAGUGGCUUACUUCAUAUGUUUGACUUGGCAGUCAACCAACAAGAUAAAAGGUUCCCGCGGCUCGCUUAGCAGGAAAAACGACGGCUCCACAUCCCUAGCUGGAAUAUAAAACCAGACAAUGAUUGUUCUGCUAAUUGGCUGCGUGUUUAUGAAGGAGAAAUCAUCAUCAUUAAUUGUUAUCUCAUCAUAUGAAGGACGGAUCCACUAUAAGAAGAGGGGAAGGGUACAAUGAUGCAGAGAAGAUUGCUUAUAAAGGCCUCCUUGUUCUCCGCAAUUAUGGUCCUGACAAUAAGAUGGAUUUCAAAGUUAGACACGCAAAGAAUCAAUGUGAUAUAUAACCCCCCCAACCCCACACCAGUACGGCAGUCAGUGACCCUGAAUGACAGCACUUACACUUAUCACCUGAACCUAACAAGUUUUGAGGCGGAGUUCCCCCAGCUGCAGAGUUAUGUCUGCACACUCAUUCAGCAGCCACACCCAGAGGAACAAGGAGCGACCAACCAAAAACUGCUGAUCUUGGGGGUGAAAUCCCAACCCGGCACUGGGUCAAGGAGGGCCGCACUGCGACAGACAUGGGCUAAAAAGAGAGAUAUAAAUGGAUACAGACUAAGACCGCUGUUCUUGAUGGGGAAGACAGACAUAAAAGGACACAUGGAGAUUGUUAAACGUGAGAGCCAAGAGUAUGGUGACAUUCUACAAUGGGACAUGACCGAAGGACACCAUAACUUGUCCUUGAAAGAACGGUGUUUCCUGGAGUGGCUGUAUCUGAAGUCACCAAAUGUGGAUUUCAUAUUUAAAGGUGAUGAUGACGAGUUUGUGAACACAGACGUUAUUGUACAGUAUAUUAAACAACAUGGCACCCCGAAUACCAUCCAUGGAGCCCACCAGCACAGACCCGAAGUUAUGCGUACCACCAAAUAUGGCAUCACAAUGAACCUGUACCCUCAGAAACACUACCCGGGCUUCGUAGCUGGUGGUGGUUUUCUCUUCCCAGGAGCCUUGGUGAAGAGUCUGUACACGGCCUCACAGAUCCUCCCCGUAUUCCCAUUGGACGAUGUUUAUUUUGGGUUCCUUACCCUUGCAGCCAAUCUGACCUACCGUCACGACGCUCGCUUCUAUAUGUAUGGAUUAAAGUAUGAUGUGUGUAAAUACAAGCAAGCUCUGGUGGUCCACGGCAUUAAUUUGGACAAAUUGGUACCAAUAUGGCAGGAGGUACAGAACAGUAAGUGCCAGUAGGACCAGUAGGACCAAUCAGCGCCAAGCUGACAGGAGUCCAUGCCAACAAGGGCCAAGGACCAAAAUAUUGGGCACGACCCAACAGAUAUCAUUGUUGCUGAACAUAGGUGAUUCUACCACCAAUGUUAAAUUAUAGUGUUGACUUUAAGUCAUUUUUGGAAAGGGAAACUGGAGUGACCUUACUUUACGCACUUGCAAGCUAUUUAUUGCCCAAAGAGAUGGCAUCCAUUAAGAAAGGCUCCACUCAGCUCUGCUUGCAUCUCAUCUGACGACAUGAGAUGGCCCCAACAUAAUUUUUAUGCACUUUAUGACCCCCUGAUGGGCAAAAAGGAUGUCUUUAACGCCCACAUGACGCACAUAUGCAUGUUGUUUAUGUGCUGAGAGCGCACUCAGGCCUCGUACACACGACCGAAAAAAACUUGCUGGGAUUUUUUUUUUUGCCGAGGAAACCGGUCGUGUGUAC